CUUUACCAUGGCAAAAAGACAGUUCUCGUGACAGGCUGCAGUUCCGGCGGUAUUGGCGCUGCCAUGACCAAGGCUUUCAGCGACCAAGGUUACCACGUCUUUGCGACCCUCCGCAACGUCUCGAAAGCCGGAUCGCUCGCGCAGCUGGCCAAUGUCGAAAUCCUGGAGCUCGAAGUGACAUCUCACGAAUCCAUCGAGCAGUGCGUACUCGAAGUCCAGAAGCGCACCGGUGGCACUCUUGACGUUCUUGUCAACAAUGCUGGAGCCGACUUCGUCAUCCCGUUGCUCGACGCCUCGAUUGAGGAAGGCAAGAGGCUGUACGACGUCAAUGUCUGGAGCAUCCUGGCCACCACACAAGCCUUUGCGCCGCUGCUCAUCGAGGCCAAGGGAACCGUCUGUAACAUCAGCUCGAUCGCAGCAACAAUGCCGCUUGCCUGGGGCGGAGUCUACAGCAGCUCCAAAGUCGCCGCCAAGCAGAUCUCGGAGACGCUGAGAGUCGAGAUGCAGCCUCUUGGUGUGCGUGUCAUCACUGCCAUGGUGGGUGCCGUGCACACGCCCAUCCACGACAAGGCAGGUGAGUUGGUCUUGCCUGCAGGUUCCUAUUACCAGAGCGUCAGGGAGACCAUCAACGACCAGAGGAAGGGACUGAAGAAGCCUGGCAGUCAGGAGGUGGACGUCACGGCCAAGGACCUCGUCGGUGAUGUUGUUGCAGAGCGUGCAGGGCUCGUGUGGCGCGGAGGCACAGCCACCCUUGUGCGCUAUCUGGGUUGGUUGUUGCCCUCGGGUCUCUUCGAGCAUGUUGUCAACGACGGAAGAGGACUGAAGGAAGUGAGUCAGGAGAGAAGUAGAGGGCGCAUAUUGUGCGAAAGCCGGCAUUGA